CGGUGGGAGGGACUAAGACGCAAGGAAGGGAGGCAAGUGGAUGAGUCGAGGGUGCAAUUUAAGGGCCAUGGGGUGCACCUUAGGUCUCACAGCUGACAAUGCUUAUCAAAGCCAAGUACCUUCACGAAUAUGUCAUAUAUAAGUCUUUCUCCUCCAAAGACUUGUGUUGGGGAUGUUGAGUUCUGUGAAGAUGGAAGCGCAUGAUCUACCAGAGUGGAAUACUUUCUACAGCGAGGCCAGUGAGAUGUAUUCCUCUCCCAGCACCAUGAACUCUGGUCUGGGCUCCAUGGGCUCCAUGGGCUCCAUCAACAGCUACAUCAACCUGAACCCGGCCACCGCCUCGCCUGCAGGCAUGAACAUGGCGUACCCGAGCACCAGCCUCAGCAGUUCCCCGCUGGCCUCCAUGGGCUCCGGGCCCAGCCACAUGUCCCUCUCCCCGGUGACCUCGUCCCUCGGCACGGGCCCUCUAACCCAGCUGGGCCCCGUUGCUCCAGGCUCCCUGGGCUCCUUGUCACACUACCAGAACAUGGGCCAAUCCAUGAGCCAAUUGGGGUACCCCUCCACCGCGACCCUUAACCGGGCCGGGCACAAGGACAUUCCCCCGAAGCCCUACCGACGCUCCCUGACCCACGCCAAGCCGCCGUACUCCUACAUCUCCCUCAUCACCAUGGCCAUCCAGCAGAGCGGCAGCAAGAUGCUCACCCUGAACGAGAUCUACCAGUGGAUCAUGGACCUGUUCCCCUACUACCGUGAGAACCAGCAGCGCUGGCAGAACUCCAUCCGCCACUCGCUCUCCUUCAACGACUGCUUCGUGAAGGUGGCUCGCUCGCCGGACAAGCCGGGCAAAGGCUCCUACUGGACCCUGCACCCGCAGUCGGGCAACAUGUUCGAGAACGGCUGCUACCUGAGGCGCCAGAAGCGCUUCAAGAUCGAGGAAAAGCUGGCGAAGAAAGCGGGCAAGAGCCAGGAGGGGGGCUCGGGGAAGGGAGGCCAUGGCGGAGAUCACCUGGUGGAGGAUCACAGCCCCACAGGAGGCUCUGAGGGAGCCGACUCCGCCCACUCAGACAACUCCCACCCGGGCUCUUCGGACGACCAGCCGCAUCCCCGGAACUCCCUGGUGCCACUAGACUGCCCGUCGCUCUCCUCCUCACACCUCCACAGCCCGCCCAUCUCCCUGCCGUCCUCCUCCUCCUCCGCCUCGUCCUCCCUGUCCCUCUCGGCCGCCACCUCCUCCAACCCGCUCCUCCACUCCCAGUCUCUGGUGGGUAGCUCCCACCUCCUGCCCGGCGCCAUGCAGCAGCACAUGGACCUACAGAGCGACCCGCUCAAGUCCCUGGACCCCCACUACAACUUCAACCACCCCUUCUCCAUCACCAACCUCAUGUCCAACGAGCAGAAGAUGGACCUCAAGUCCUACCAGGACCAGGUGAUGGCGUACAACAGCUACACCAGUGGCUCUCCUAUGGGAGCCAAGCAGAUCUACGACAGCCCCGGGCCGGCCACCAUGGACUCAGGCGCUUACUACCAAACUCUGUACAGCCGCUCGGUGCUCAACGCCUCCUAAUAUGGACACUCAUCCACCCCCCCCCCCCCUCCACACUCACACACACACACACACUCACACACAUACAGACACACACAUACACACACACACACCUGUCUCUAGAGGUGAGCCAAGAUGGAGACUUCUCUUUCUCUCAGCCUUUUCUAAAAUGGACACCCCAGCUCUCUUCCUCUUUCUUUCCCUGUCCCUCUCUGGCUCACAUCCAGUGGCCUUGGUAGAGACUCACAUCUAAAAUGGCUGCCGUGUUUGAGGGACCAAAGAACAGUUUUUUUUUCCUUUUUCUUUUACCAACUCUGACAAACAUGGAGAGUGGUUGGUUACAUGGAGGACAGAAAAGUGUAGCUGGAUGAUAAGAAGUCUUAACUGAUGAUGUCAGAUCCUGUCUUCGCCUGUCGCACGAGCACUGCACGUGGUGAAAUAGGCUUUGUACAAAAUGUAUAUAGAGGUAA